GUUAUAUGCAUCCUUCUUUUGUUGACGUUCACCAUCACGUUUUAUGUUUACUGUGUGUAACUGUACAGAGUCUGGAGUAUUUAAUUACACUACAUUCAUACAGACUGUCUGACAUUUAACUCAAUGUUUUGUGUUAUUACAUGCCUAUCCUAUUCUAUUAGCACAUUUCAAGUGAUGUAAAGCUUAAAAUAUACAUUUUAAUUUCCUUUUAUCAAAAUAAUAUUUUUACAGUGUGCUUUGAUGGAUAUCUGUGUUUUAAUAUUAUCUGGACAGCAUUGCUUCACAGAUUCAUGUUGGGGCAAAGAUUUGCAUCCUUUUAACAAGCUGCUUUUUACCUGGUUGUCUACAUUUUAUUCUUUAUAUAUUGUUUAUGUAACACUGAUGAAGCGCUAAUGAAUUAAUACAGGCUAGGUAUUGAGUGAAAUAUUAUUGUCCCAUCCUUUCUGAAUAAAAAUGUCUCUUCAGCACACCCAUGAAGCUUACUAAGCAGUAUAGCUCUCCUCACAAGAACUUUUGGAAUACUUAUGAAUGAACCUGUGAUUUUAGCUUUUGUGUGUCGUUUUCAAAAGUAUACAUUAUGUGAAGACCAAUUCAGUGUUGUUUAAACUUAGUUAUUGAAAUAGUGGAGGAAAAUGAUUUGUUCACAUGUGGUACAUAUUUCUUUCGGUUUGCUACAGCAGCCUGUAUCAUUAUUCUGUGUGCUGGCAAGUAGAAGUGAUAGUUUCUUUUCUGUUUUAGUAAAAACAUCAUGUGUUGUCACCGAUUUACUUUUUCCUGUCAGUUUGGGCUUAGGUUUGUUGCAGAUUUAUAUCUGGAUUUGUUCAUAAUUUUCCAGUCAAUAAAUGAAGAGCAUGGAGCAGUUUCUUAUCAUUGUUCUAUUAGCAGGAGGAACACUCGCUCUCGUUCAAGUUGAUGAGACUACUUGUGACCUCAGGAUGAACACAGGUCCAUGCUCUCCUAUUCUUGAAGGAACUGUGUAUAUCCAAGUGAUGACUAAUGCUAGUGGCCGUGAAAUGAAGUGUUUGAAAGUGCUUCCCAGUGUGAACAUAACUAUGUUCAAUCUGAAGAAAGAAAAAAUAAUGAUAGACAAGGAAUUUAACAACAGACUACAGUUUAUAAUCAAGAACGGGACACUCAAGAUCACAAACAUGAGGAGGAAUGAUUCAGGUCAAUACAGCAUUGAGGUCUUUAAUUCAGAUGGCGUUCAAGAGAAAAAUAUUCAUUUCACCCUGGAUGUUAAAGACAAUGGAAAAGUUGAAGCUCUCGUUGCAGUUGAUGAGACUACUUGUGACCUCAGGAAGAACACAUGCCCAUGCUCUCCUAUUCUUGAAGGAACUGUGUAUAUCCAAGUGAUGACGGAUGCUAGUGGCAGUGAAAUGAAGUGUUUGAAGGUGCUUCCCAAGGGAAACAUAACUGUGUUCAGUAUAAAGAAAGAAAAAAUAACAACAGACAAGAAAUUUAACAACAGACUACAGUUUAUAAUCAAGAACGGGACACUCAAGAUCACAAACCUGAAGAGGAAUGAUUCAGGUCGAUACAGUGUUGAGGUCUUUAAUUCAAAUGGAGUUCAAGAGAAAAAUAUUCAUUUCACCCUGGAUGUUGAGGACAAUGGCAACGUUGAAGCUCUCAUUCCAGGUGAUGAGACUACAUGUGACCUCAGGACGAACACAUGUCCAUGCUCUCCUAUUCUUGAAGGAACUGUGUAUAUCCAAGUGAUGACUGAUGCUAGUGGCCAUGAAAUGAAGUGUUUGAAGGUGCUUCCGAGGGGGAACAUAACUAUGUUCAAUAUAAAGAAAGAAAAAAUAAUGAUAGACAAGGAAUUUAGCAACAGACUCACGUUUAUAAUCAAGAACGGGACAUUCAAGAUCACAAACGUGAAGAGGAAUGAUUCAGGUCAAUACAGCAUUGAGGUCUUUAAUUCAGAUGGAGUCCAAGAGAAAAACAUUCAUUUCACGCUGGAUGUUAAAGACAAUGGAAAAGUUGAAGCUCCUGUGUCCUCUGUCCUGCUGGUCUCUGAGUGUCUGUCCCAGGGAGAGAUGAGGGUGUCCUGCUCCUCUGAGGGAGGGGACAGUCCUCAGUACAGCUGGACUCUGGAUGGACGCACACUGACAGAUGCUGAGCUCCUUUCUGGAAGUAAUAAGACAAACAUCAUCACUUUGAAACAGCACGUCUCGGGAAAUCUGGUCUGCUCAGUGAGGAACAAUGUCAGUAAUGACUUCAAAGAAGAGAGGAUAUCUACCUGUGGCUUUGUUUUCAUCAGCUGCUCAUUAUUUAAUGGGACACAGAUGUCAGGGUGGGUGCAUAAGUCCAGCAAUACCCUUUGUCCCGAACCAACAGGAGACCCUUCCAUGGCCACACAAACUGCAGUGGGUGCUUCCUGGUUCAUGUUUGGUUUGAAAGUCGCUGUGGUAAUUAUAUCAUUAAGUGGAAUUUCGCUCUAUUUUGCUUGGAAGAAAAAAACAAUAUUGGAGGGCUCUGCUGUCCCACAAAGGAUGGAAUAUCCAGAUAACUCUGUUUUGAUGAUUGCAUUGAGUUCUCACUCCAACACAUAGUGUCACUUUUCACCUGUUGUACAUUUCUCAUGUGUCCUCAUAGGCUUGUAAAUAAGCAUUAGUGGGGGGGCCUCAUUUUAUUGACAGCUUAGUAUAUUUUUAGUAUAUGUCAAUAUGUUUUUUGUGUUUUUAUUAUUCAAGAACAACAAUCCAGCAAAAUAUAAUCGA